UUAGGGAAUACGCGCCUGCGCCGUAGGGAAAAUGAGGAAAGUGGAGAAGAGAAGGCAGACGACAAACGGAAGUCGAGAGAAAAAGAGCGAUGUUACCUUUCUCUUAAAACUUGGCUGGAAAAGUUUUGUAAUGAAGACAGAAUGAAAAAGAAAGAUGAAAGAAAUUUUCAUCAAAAUUUAUGUACCAAUAUAUCUUCAUAACAUGAUUCCUAGUUUCACUGCAACAUGCCUGUUAUUUGGAGAAGGAUAGUAGUGUUGCUGGUUGUAGUGAUUGCUAUUUUACAGGUGAUUCAUAUGACACUUUUAAGUCGUCUUGAAGCCAGAAAAAACAGUCAUCAUCAAAAAGAUACAGUUGGUCGAAUCUGGGAAAAUGUAGGAAAAGAAUAUCAUGAAGCUGAAAUGAAAGAAGACAGAGCUCAAAUGCUCAAGGCAAUUCAGCAGAGUAGUGUUUUAGAUUCUAGUGGAGAAUUUCGUAUAGUGAACUUUCUCCUUAGGGCAGAAUUAAUGGGAUUAAAACAUAGUUUACAACAUGAUGUCAGUUUGAUUACUCACUGUACAAUUAAUGAAUUAUAUCAGUUAGAUAAAUUGUCAUUAAGAUGGCAUGGACCUAUUUCUGUGUCAGUGUUUAGCAUUACACAAGAUAUUCCUUUAGCUGUAGAAGCAAUAUUACAUUUGAGACAAUGUUUUCCAUCUAUAAGGCAUAAUACCAGUUUUCAUCUUAUUUAUCCUCUGAACAACCCUACUACAGACAUUCAGUUACAACUUUCGUUUCCAGAAUCAUGUGAUCUUUUACAAGAAAGACUCCAAAACCAUGGAAUUGGAAAGAAUUAUGCCCAUAGUGUGCCAUAUCCUAAUAAUCUUUUACGUAAUGUUGCCAGAAGAAAUGCCUUAACUGAAUUUGUAUUUGUAAUCGAUAUAGAUCUUGUCCCUAGUGAUCAUUUGCAUGAAGAUUUUCUGACUUUUGCUAAAGAAAAUAGAUUGUUUUUUGAAUCAAAUAAGGACGAUAAAACAGUUUAUGUAGUGCCAGCGUAUGAAAUGAAAGACGAAACUGAAAUUCCAAAAGAUAAAACUAGUCUUUUGCAACUUAUUGAAUUGAUGGAGGCAAGACCAUUCUAUUUUGAGUUGUGCUGGAAAUGUCAGAAGUAUACUGAUUAUGAAGCCUGGCAGCGAGAACCUCUUACUGAAAAAUUAAGUGUUUUGUUUGAAGUUCUGUGGAGAGAUCCUUGGGAGCCUUUUUACAUUGGACGCAAUACUGUUCCUUAUUAUGACGAGCGAUUUCGUCAGUAUGGAUUUAACAGAAUAAGUCAAGUUUGUGAACUUCACGUGACGGGAUACAAGUUUUCUGUUCUGAACAACGCAUUCGUGGUACAUCGAGGUCUUAAAACACCUACUUCCUUCCACAAGGACAAGGAUUUGGAUCAAGAACGAAAUCGAAUCCUCUUUAGACAAUUCAAGACAGAAUUGAAAGAGAAAUAUCCCGAAUCGUCACGGAAAUGCUAUUGAUCAAGAUCGACCACCCUUUUUUUUUUUGUAUUUUUCUAUGUUUAAGAGGGAUAGCGACAAAUUUAUAGGCUUAAAGGAUCUGUAUAUUUACAAUGUUAAGUUUAAUUAACUUCUUUUUUUUUUUUUAAUAUAUAUAUAUAUAUAUAUACAAUAGGAAUCGUUCAGUUCUUUGUUCAGUCGACAGUGCUAAAGGAAGCGAAAUUUGCACGUGACUUUUCUUUGAAUCUCAAUUAUUUCGCGACUUACGAAUGUGAAGUUUGGAACGUUUUUGUAGCUGUUAUUGACAAGUGAUCGGAAAAUUUAAAAAAAAAAAAUCACUCGAAAUUUCAGUAAGUAAAUUACUUUAAAUUCUCCUUCUGGACUAUUAAUCACUAACAUUAUAUAAAUAACUGUAAUGUAAAUCCAAAAAUAGUUCGUAAAGAUGAUUAAGAUUAUGCUUAAGAUAAUGGGGUGAUCAAUUAGUUAGGUAGCUGUUGAUUGACACAGAAGCUCUCUAACUAAUUAUAAGCGACAAACAGCCUUUUAUAAGUGAAGAAAUUAAUUGGAUAUAGCGCAUAAAUUUAUUAAAAUGUGAUAUUUGGCAGCUAAAUUUAAAGAAAUGUUGUAUCGAUCGAUGUUCCUACCUUAAUUUUUUUUUCCUGGUAAGAAAAAAAAAAUUGGUUUAAAGUAAUAGUUCAGUAAUGGAAGCCUUCGAACGUCUUCCUCAUUCCUCCAGAGAGAGAAUUGCUCUCACAGACCUAUGUAGUGAGCUUAGUCGCAGAUAUUGUAUGUAAUUCUUAUAAAUUAUAUAGUAAAUGCUUGAAAACUUAAAUAAUAGCCACGUGGUUUUUCUUAUUACUCGAGUAGCACAUUUUUUCGUACCGACUCUAGUGUCUAUCUAGUCCUAUGUAAGUGUCAUAAAGCGAAUUCCGUGUCAUUUUUCGCAAACUUGAUGUCUAGCGUGUUGUAAAUAUAGAGAAAUGUGCAAUAAACAUUGUCAAAUAUUACAAAAUUUCGUGUUUUUUCCACACAAAGAUUGGCGUAGAGAUUUACAAAGCGAUAGAAGGCGACAAACACUUAAAAAUCAAUCACUGGAAGAUGAAGUGUAAUUAUCAAUUUCCAUCAGAAAUUUCGAUUAUUUCGUGUAAUUGAAAAACCUUAUCAUUGACAAAGUGUAACGAUCGCUAUUGAGUGUGAAUGGCAGACGUCGAUUGGCUUAACUCUCGCUUCUAUUUAUCGAUAUUACUUUAUUCACA